GUCAUGCAGUGUCGAUCACGUCAUGAAAUGAAUAGCGACCUAGCAGCAGACGUUCUUUAACGUUAUGCGUGCCAGUAGAACAAUAAUCGUCGCGGUGGAAGGAACGAUUUUCGCCUUCGAACUUAGAAACAGCCAAUGAAGGAUUUGUUUUUUGGAUUAAGAAGCAGAUGGCUUCUCAAAAUACUAUUAGGCUGCUGCUUUCUGGUAAUCAUUAUCCAAUAUCUGGGUAAUGGAACGUUGGUAGCGUGGAGACACCUGGCAACGAUGGAACUGUUAGAAAAGGUAUCAGUAUCAACCAUGGAGACGUCAGAUGAAGAGAAAAUCCUCUUAUCAAUGGAAGACUUACUAAGGUCUCCACUCUCCGUUAGACCAUCAAACCCAUGGCUGAUUAAGAGAAUUAGGACACAUUUUCUGAAUCCCCCUUCGACGUACCCAUACAACUUCAGCUUCACCGAGGACCCACUCAAAGGGAAAAUGGCGAUGAUUCGAAAAGUUCUCAAAGAAAAGAGGGACGGAUUCUUUAUAGAAAGCAGUGCUCUGGAUGGAGAAAGUAACUCACACACACUAGCCCUUGAAAGAGAACUUGGAUGGAAAGGAGUACUCAUUGAAGGAAAUCCAAAGUACGUGGAAGGCCUGAGGCUGAAGAACAGAAAGGCAUGGACAGUCAAUGCAUGUCUAAGCGUCAAUCAAUAUCCUAUCAAGGUGACCAUGAAACCAGACUUAACAACUGGUCAAACCAACAAACCACAGAUGGGAACUACGACUAGACCAAUCUUGUCCGAAGUUCAAUGUUUCCCUCUGUACUCGAUCCUAUUGGCCCUCAACACCACGGUCAUCGAUUUCUUUCAUCUAGAUGUCGCAGGAGACGAGAUUAGAGUUCUAAAAACUAUCCCAUGGGCCAAAGUAGACAUAAAGGUACUUUACGUCAAAAGCAAUUACGCUCUCAACUGGAAAAUGGAAUUAAAAAAGUACCUAACAAGUAAUGACUACACAGUCUUUCGAGAUGAAUUACAUUAUACACUCUUCACGAAAAAUGGCUAUGUUCCUUAGCCGCUAAGAAAAAAAUUUCUUUUUCAAGUUUAUUAUGAUCUAAAUGAAUGUGAUUGAUUGCUUUAUAAGCUUUUGGCAUGCAUGCCAAGUACUGGGCCAACUAAGUCCAUUCAGCGCCGAAACGGAAAUUGGCGGGUAAAAGGUUUAAAAAGGUGUAACAGGAGAAAACCUCGCAGUUGCACUAAGAAUGAAUUGUUAGAGAGGGUGGACAGUAACUGGAAGAAAGAGUAUCAAAGGCGGUAAAAUAAAAGGAAUAAAAGGGGGUUGCAGCUAGGAGCCGAAGGGAAGCUGCAAAGAACCUUAAGUAAUGCCUACAUUGCGCCGCCUGAGGUGCAUUGACGGUACUAACCCCCUACGGAAUCUAAAUGGAUGUGACCAUGAUUUGAGGAAGUCAGUCCUAUGAAAUGAACGGGCCUAAGAUUAAAUGUAGAAACAUGUACAACGCACGAACAAGAAAGCUUUUGGUUAAAACUCACCCCAUCAACAACGAAGUUCCGCAAUAUUCACAUUGAGAAAUCCCAACAACAUCGCUUGUCCUCAUUCUAUAUACGCAUUUACGCAUUUCUAUAAAUUUAUUUAACAUCAUUAAUAAAAGAUUUUCACCAUCUUCACGUCAUCAGCAGAUUAUUAAAAAGACAAUAACUCAAUUAAAUAAUACAAGAGGCUAUGGGCCAAAGAGCUCACCUAAGCCACACUGCUGCAAUAACAAAAUUUGAUUAUUUUCCCCAUAUUCUUGGGCAAAGCUUUAUACCCAUAUGGUUUUUAGGGCCAUUGAACUGUGAAUGUAAAUUACAUGAGACAACUGCUUAUUAAUUCGACAUGUGUGGGUCUUGUCGAUCAUGAAAGGGCUUCAUGUAUGGGUCUUGUCGAUCUUGAAAGGUUUUUUAAAAGAUUUCUUCUGCAUAUUCCCACAUCAAAUUCUGGGACACUAUCACGACCCCAGAAGUCAUGGUUGCUGUUAGGAAACAACAGGAGUCUGUCUAUAAAUAUGUAGGGACAAUUAGAUAGGAAAAUCCACUGGUAGAAAUAUGUAUAGAGUGAGGAUAGAGUAAUCAAAGACUCUACCAGGAGAGGUAGAAAAGGGAGUAGAUGUGUGGCAGUAUCAGACUGCAGAAAUAGCAGUUUCGAAAACAAGACUAAACACAGGCAGCAGUUUGCCAAAACAGUAAGUUGCAAACUCCAGUGGAAAAUCUGAACUUUGACACUUUCAGUGGGUGGUUACCGUAGAGAAACGUAACCAAUAAGACUAAUCUAGGGGUGGCACCGGAAGUAAGGAAAGCCACUUAAGAAGUAGUAGGAUGUGUCUUAGUAGAAGUUAAGGAGGAGCUUAACUGUAUGAGUUAGGCUGAGACUUCACUUGAGCUCUCAGAGAAACUCAGUUAGGAUCUAAGCCUUAUAAGGGGAGUCUAUGUCCAUUCUCCCACUGUUCCCUGUGUAGUGUUGUGUAAAGUGAAAUUGUAGACUAGUACUCUAAUUAUAAGUAAGAUUAAUUAAGUGGUGUUUAACUUGCCAAGAGUCCUACAGUGUACCCAAGCUUAAACCCUCCUGAGAGACUGGAAAACGAAAAAGAAAUUAAUCUACAAUGUUUCUAAGAAAAGAAAAACUCACCGCAAGUGAUAAUUGAAGGUUAGCCCAUAUAACAGAUAACCUUCCAAACAUUACCAAUAAGCUACCGAAGAAGACUGACUAUAAAGAGAAGAGAAGAGAGAAAGAGAAUAAAAGAAACCCGUAAGGACAUAAACGCAAACACAAACAACAACGAAGACAAAACAAGUAUAACAUUGCAACAAACCUGAAUCAAGAUUAUAUACGCAAGCUUUCAAAUCUGAACGAACUAGUUUGGUUGAAAUUGAUUCAGUGGUUCUACACAAGCUGAAAAGUGUAUACCAGACAGGCUGAUUAACACACAUACAUACAGACAUACAUACAUGUAGAGCAAAACUAUGAUCAGAAAAGUUUACCAGCUUUAACCUCGGUUGAGCGAAAACUUGUUACGCAGCUGACAGUGGCAGAGAAAUGAAAAAGGAUUUUUACCCGGAUGGUGAGCAGAUUACAAAAUGUCAUACUUUUUGCUACCUUGGUCCUACUGCUUCUCGAAUAGGUUGUUUCAAUAGAAUGCUCGCAAAGCACCCCAAAAAAAAGUCACGUUUACACUGCUUGCGCGUUAUUCAGUUUCCUUUCUGCAUGCCAGCUCAAAGGACUGAACAGCUUCCAAAGCCGCAGCUUGAGAGAUACACACCACACUAACAAAUGCAGUGUCCUGAAUAGGGUUCACUGUUAUUCAGCUUAUACCUACAUCAAUGGGGAAAAAACUCGGUUGGAAAGAUCACCUCAUAAGGAGGAUGACAAUGGAAUUCCAAAGAAAUACUAUGAAGGAAGAAGAACGUUGAGAAAUCUCAUGCACUCCUCGGACUGUGUGAAGUGUCAUAAAUCAAUGCAAAAUAAGUGAUUGGGACAUUGCAGUAGUAGUGGUACAGAGUCGUGAACAGUCAUUUUCGAUUACCUGUUUACUCAUUUAAUCACUUAUGUUGAUUCAUUUUUUUUAUUUUGAUCAAUAUUAAUGUAAUUUCUAAACGAUUAAUUGCAACUUUGAACGCGAGAGUUUGCUCAUGUGUGUUUGGAGUCAGGUGGUAAAUUUGUCGCUUGAACUGAAUGAAAAAAAAUUAAAAAGCUAUUAAAAUGCGUGAAUAAAGCCUUAAGUUUCAAAACUUUCCUGUUAAAUGCUAAAUAUACACAUGCUUACAUUUAUAAUCAACUGUGAUGAUUGGUAUCCUAUUACUAUUAUGAAACUAACAAACAGGAUUUCA